AUGAAUAAAUGUCUUUAAUGCAAAAGAGGCGAAAUUGCUUAUUGGUGCAUGGAAAGAUAAAGUAAGAAACUAAUCUGCGAGGGAUGUUCAAUAAGAAAUUAUAAUAUAGUGAAAGUUUCAAACUCAGCAGAUAUAGAAAAGCUCCUUAAGAAAAUUAAGGUUUGGACUACAAAAGCUAUUAAAAAUAUAAUGUAAUGCGCAAAAAGAAUAUUCGAAUAUUAAUAUUAAAUUGAAGACAAAUUCAAUUAAUUCAGGAAUAACUUAGUAGAAUUAUAAAAUAAGUUUUAUCCAAUUUAUUUUAAAUACCUUGAAUUUUAUCCUAAAGUAGAUUUAGCUAUUUUAAAUUUAAAUAAUAUGUUAGAAAGUUACAAUUCCAAUAAUUCUUCAUCAAUAUUAUAAACUAAAGAUGAUUAAAUUAAUCUAUGUUAUAAUUCAUUAUUAUAUUAGGUAAAAAUUUGAUUAAAUCUAAAGAAAUUAUAAAAGCUUAAUAAGAGAUUUAAAAUUUACAAACUCACGAUAAUUAUAAUUCUAAAUAUUUUCAAAGUAUUUCUAUUUCUAAUAAUUUUAAGUUGAAUGUCUUCUUCUCUAAAAAAAUUUGAAGGAAGCUUCAUAAGAGUCCUAAAUAAUUACAGAUGCUGCAUUGAAUGAAACUAUAGAUCAGAUAGAUGAAAAUUUACUUUGCAAUUUACUUAUAUAAAAAGGUUGACUUAAAAUCUAAAUUUUAGCGAAAAUCAAACAUAAAUAGGGAUUAUAUUAACAAGCCUUAGAGAUUUUAAAAAAUAUUGAAAGAGAUUCUAUUUUACCUCUUAAUUAAAAGAGAAUAGACUUGUAAAUUUGUAAACUUUUAUUUUUAAUAAAAAGCAAAAAGCUUGUUAAAAUCUGGAAAUUUUUAAAUAGGAUUUAAUUUGCUCUAACUGACAAUCCAAGAUUUAAGUCAAUUAGAGUAAGAAAGCGAAUAAAAUAAAUAUUUAAUUGACAAUUAUUCAUUUCGAUUGGCUUAUGGUAUUUCUUUAUGUUAUUUUAAUAGCUAAAGCAAAAUUAUCAUAUUCAGAGUCGUCUUUAAGUCGAAUUAGAAUUCUUCAUGAUUUAUCUUUCAGUUAAUAAUAUAAUGAAGAUAGCCCUAUAAUUGAAAAUGGAAAUUAAAAUGAAAGUGUAACAUUGGAAGAAAUACAGAAUUCUUAGUAUGAUGAAAUAAAGUAAUCAUUAAAUAUUAUUAUUAUAGAUAAUUAUAUGAAGAGAUUUUAAAAAAAGAACCUAAUAAUUAAAAAGCUCUUUAUGGAUUAAGUAUAUAUUAUUUUAAGCAAGGUUAAAUUUACAUAAAAUAAUCGAGUACAAAUGAUUCGGAUACAGCUAAAUAGAAGCUAAAAAUGGCUAAAUAAACUUUAUUUAAACUUAAUUAGUUAAAUCCUUUAUAUAAGAAAGCAGGUAGAAAAUAAAGUUAAUUUAGAAAUUGCAUUAUUAUUUUGUAAAUAAAAAAUGAAGAGUUUAGAAGAAGUAUAGAAUUCUAAUCGUUAGUGCAGAAAUGGAUGCAUCUUAGGUUGUUUACUUGGAAGUUGCUAUAGAAUUUUAAAUUAUUGGCCUAGCCCUAGAUAAAAUGUGGAAUGA